UGGUCUGAGGUCAACAGAUGGACACAAACUUUUGUUUCCUAUCGAUCUCUUUCCGUGCGUCUGUUUUUUUGCUCAAGUAGAAAGAGGUUUGCAAAUAAGGUUAAAGUAAACAAGGAAGCAGGGUGACUGACACAUGUUUCCAAUGAUUGUGAGCACACGCUCCGUCAUUAGUUUUUCAGUCUGUCCUCUCACACUACAGAGGCAACAUGAGGCUGUGGGCUGUCCUGCUGCUCGCUCUGCUCGCUCAGACUUUUGCUGUAGAUGAGUCCUGUAUGGGUCGCUGUGAGAAUGGCUUUAACUCUCAGAAGAAGUGCCAGUGUGACUCGAUGUGCAAGUAUUAUAGGAGUUGCUGCUCUGACUUCGAGGUCACCUGUGGCAUGACGACUCGCGGAGACACGUUUGUGUUUGCAGAGGAUGAUGAUGGUGAGCUGUUUGAAGGUACCACUCCAUCGCUUAGACGUUCAGCCCACGACCAGUCUUUCACUGUUAUCAAUCGUCAGCUCCCGCCCACACAACAGCCCAUCUCAGACUUUGAUCACAGACCACAGCAACAUCCAGAAACCACACUAGAAAUGAACAAACCCCCUCGACUGAUGGAUACCAUACUUCAGAAUAUCCCUGUUACACAAAAAACACCCAUUUCCCAGACAGUCCAACCUACACAGAUGUUCCCUAGCACAACUAAACCCUCUCAGACUGAUGCAGCAGCUGAGACGACCACUGUUCCCGUCACAACAGCCACCACUGAAGCCCCCGACCCAGACGCUGUGGCCUGCAGUGGGAGGCCUUUUGACUCCUUCAUGCGACUAAAGAAUGGCUCCAUAUAUGCCUUCAGAGGGGAGUACUUUUUUGAACUGGACCAGAAGUCAGUGCUUCCUGGUUAUCCAAAGCUCAUAAAGGACGUGUGGGGCAUCAGCGGGCCUAUUGAUGCUGCCUUCACCCGCAUCAACUGUCAAGGGAAGACUUAUAUCUUUAAGGGAAACAAGUACUGGAGGUUUGAUAACGGUGUGCUGGAUGAGGACUACCCUCGAGAUAUCAGCGUGGGCUUUGACAAAAUUCCUGAUCAUGUGGAUGCAGCUUUAUCUCUGCCUUCUCCUGGUCACAAUGGAAAAGAGAAGGUCUACUUUUUCAAAGCGGAUCAGUAUUACACGUACGAGUUUUUGCACCAGCCGUCCCAUGAGGAGUGUAUCACCAUGUCUGAGAGGUCUCCAUCCACACUGUUCAGGAGCUACACUGACGUGUACUACAACAACUAUGAACGUGUUAUCAGCGAGCUGUUCUCUGACUUGCCUCAGCAUCAUGACAAACACCACUUCAUUGAUAAGGACUGGAAGGGCCUCAAGUCUCCAGUGGAUGCUGUCAUGGUCGGCAGAAUUUACGUCCCUCCUCGGAGCUCCACACAACGCCGCAACGACGACCAGCCUGAACAGCAGUGGGGUCAACAGCAGGGCCAGCAGUGGAACCAGCAGCAGUACCAGCAGUAUGGACAGCAGUGGGGUCGUAGGAGGCAAAGCCGUUCACCCUACUGGGGAUCCACGGCUGAGCGGGGGAUGAAUAUGGGCCAGGACUUUGCAGAGAUGGGGAUGGAAAUGGGUCUGAGGUUAGCAGAGAGGAGGAUGGAGAUGGAGGAGAGGCUCAGACGAGACUGGGACAGACGGUGGGAUCAAGACUGGGACCAGGACAGACGGGGAGAUGGCUCCCGCCAGAACAACAGAGGCAACUAUGACUCCAGAGGUGACAGGUCGUACUGGGCGUCCAUCCAGAGGAGUCUGCCCAUACAGAGUGUCUACUUCUUUAAAGGAGAUACAUACUCCAGAGUGGACCUCAGGACCAAGAGAGUUGACCAUGCCACGCCACCGUAUCCCAGAUCCAUCGCCAAGUACUGGCUCGGCUGUUCAGACACCACUGGGGCAGAAAAGUAGUUAUAUAAAUGUAUUUAUAAAGUUAUAUACAGUAGUUAUCAUUAACAUUUGCAUAACAGAUCAUUAAUUUUACCUGAAACAGGCAGUGUUGGCUGUUGAAAGUGUGACACACUUGCUCAGUGUAACACAUAACUAACUGCUCUUCAACUUAAGCAAAUAUUGGAGAUCAAUGCAAGUCCACACACUGCUGCUCUCCACAGUAGUUCACCUCAACAUGGCCAAAGUUCAAUUGGUUGAUUUAGGUUAGCUCAUCUGUCCUCAACAUCAACUGACCUACUUAAAUAAAUACAACUACAAUGAAAAUAAGCUCAAAUGAGAAAGCCAGAAGCCAGAAACCAUAUAUAUAUAUAUAUAUAUGUUUUCAUAUCAAAUGUUUUCCAACUUUAUAGCUUCUCAUUUCUUGGUUUUCAGUGUCACAAAAAUUAAGGAGUUUGUUAAAUUGCAUCCAUUUAGAGAUCCAAAUAGACAGUAAUUCAGUCAAGUUUUCUUCAUGUGUCUACACAUUUUUAUUUUUUCCUUCCUAAUCAUAAGCAUAUAUACAGUGAAUUACAAAAUAUAACACAGGGUUGAUACGACUUUUUAUCCAUCAAGGGGUCAUAAAAAUGUGCGGUGAUGUGGUCAUACAGAUUUCCCCUAAAUGUGCAAUAAUGGGGGUUUUACCCCCCGGCAGCAUCAUGUAUCUGUCACAGCAGAGGUCAGAGAGCAGUGACAGGUGGGACUUUGACUGUAGGUCAUACAUCUGAAAACAUUCUUACAAUGUUUUCUGAUCUGCUGACUAGUGUACGAGAGCAACAUAUAACAACGCACUAUAAUACACUGACAAAGCAACCUUGUUGAACUCUAGUGGUUUUUGACAGAUGUUUAAACAACGUACUGUGUUACUGAUUAAGAUGAGUCACAUUUGAUUGCAUGUUUACAACCUGUAACGCAACAGUCUGUUCUUACUUAUUAUAUAUAUAUUAUAUAUAUUUUCAUCCAUGUAAAAACAUCAAGAACGUAGCUCAUGAUGCUUUAUAACCACUAUGACAUUUUUGCAGAUGUUUACUCUCGUCUUCCUGGUACAAACCAGAUGUUCAAUAACGACCAUUCUCCAGUCUUUAUGUCUGUUUAUCCCCUCUACAGGCCCAGAUAUUACAGUACUUGUACAGUAUGUAUACAGGUAAUACAACAUGAAUCACUUGAGGAAAUAAAAACAAGUCUUGCUCAA